UUAAUAAGAAUAAUAAUUUGGAGAGGGAAGCAUGGCCACGUUGAAGGCUAAAGCACCGCGAAUGGUAUACACCACACAACACUUCGUCAACAAUUGUGUUUUGGUUCCGAGAAAAUUUGCAAUGGCUACUCACUCUGCUGCCACGGAAAGGACUUACAAAGAAACAUUCGAUCGUUCUACAAACAAGCGCUACGCAGAUAGCCUAAUUCCUCACAUUCUGCAUCUGUAUGGAGCGUGUGCAACGUCUCGCGACUUUGAUAUCUAUGCCGCAGAUGCUACCUUUGAGGAUCCACUUAUGUGUGCACGCGGGGUGAAACAGAUCAAAUCAGCGUUCUAUUCCAUUUCCAAGGUUUUUCAUUACUCCAUUUGUUUCUCGUGCUUUGGAUUUUGCACUGUCUUCCUCAAUGAAUGAUAGCGUCAUAGUCUU